AGAGAUAUUUUCUCGGCAACACUCGGCAGCAUUUGCUGUUGCUAUGUCGGCCAACCCUUCGAUACAGUAAAGGUUCGCAUGCAAACGAACCCCACUGUGUACAGCGGCGUCAUUUCUUCCGUCACUAACAUUUUAAAAAAUGAGGGCGUUGCGGCAUUCUGGAAAGGCGCCGUCCCGACAGCCAUGGGAAUGGCUUUGGAAAACGCCAUGGCUUUUGGCGUCAAUGAGGCUCUGAAGCGAUCGUUCCCGGACGAUCUUUCUCUCGACAAUAACGCAAUGCCUAGUUUGACCAAACCGUUUGCCAUGGGAGCCAUGACUGGCUGUUGCUCCGCCCUCGUAUUGCUACCGAGUGAAAUUGUCAAGGCCAAACUGCAAGUCGUCGUCGGCAAGAAUGUUUCGUCGGGCGAAAUUAUUAAACAGAUAGUGUCGAAACAGGGUGUACGCGGCAUUUUUGCCGGACUCGACGCACAACUUGCCCGGGACGCCAGUUUUUACGCCAUUUUCUUUGGUGGAUACGAAGUCAGUUGUUACCUGUUUCGUACCCACGUACCAUCCAUGCCGGAUGAACUGAACUAUUUUAUUAGUGGAGGUCUCGCAGGGAUGUUUGGUUGGACCAUUGCGAUGCCCUUUGAUGUUCCCAAAACCAACGUACAGGCUCGCUACGAUACCAAAGUGGUAGGCUCGUACGCUCCCGAAUUGAUCAGGAUUGCCCAGGAACGCGGGGUAGUGGGAUUGUAUUCCGGUUUGGGACCAACCCUGGUGCGAGCUUUUCCGGCGAACGCGGCACUGUUC